AUGGGUGGGAUAUUGAAACAGCCGGGGGCAUUUACAAUCACGCCGCACAAAGUAUCGCUCUGCAUACUCCUUAAGAUAUACGCUCCACCCGCUCAGAUAUCGAUCCCCUUCCCUUUCUCUUCCGUAGCUCAGCACAAUCGCCUCGGCAUGUUCUUGUUAGCCCUCACCAAGUCAUGCGAUGAUAUUUUGGAACCUAAAUUGGAUGAACUCGUCCAUCAACUGAGAACGAUGUGCCAAAACUGGGAGGCUUCCUGGGCUAUUGAUCAGUUGAUAAGUAGACUUUCAUCUCUGUCAUCACCUGAUGAUUUGUUUAAUUUUUUCAGUGAUAUAAGAGGAAUCCUUGGGGGUUCUGAUUCAGGUGCUGUUGAAGAUGACCAGGUUAUUUUGGACAUGAACAGUAACCUGGGGAUAUUUCUUAGGCGUUGUGUACUAGCUUUUAACUUGCUAUCAUUUGAGGGUCUAUCCCAUCUCUUGACAAACCUCGGAAUCUAUUGUAAAGACGAAUUCUCAAAUUGUCCCUCCUAUGAAGAACAUAGUUUAGAUGAUUCUAGUAGUAAUCUGGAGACAUAUUCAGAAUAUGAGAACAUGGACCUGGAGAACUUUGUCUAUGAAAAGGUUUCAGAGGAAAUUGAAGCAAGAAAGGAGGCUAGUGUAGUUGUUCCAUUCCAUCUUCAUACACCCAACACUCUUCUGAGUUUAGUUGACGAUAUUGAUGUGCCUGCUGAUUCAGUAUCCAAACAGAGUGAGAAAGUUAGAGUAUCUACUGCUUAUGGGGACUCUUCAAGUAAUAUGCUGCGAGAUGUUGAUCACAGUGGUGCAGUAUUUCUGCGGACAAACUGGCAGGUACAAGGGUACUUGCAGGAGCAAGCUGAUACAAUUGAAAAGAAUGGUAAUGCUGUAUCUUACAAUGGACUUGAAAUUAUUCUACGGCAGCUACAAAAAUUGGCACCUGAACUGCAUCGGGUUCACUUUUUGAGCUAUCUGAAUGGUCUUUCUCAUGAUGAUUAUCUUUCUGCUUUGGAGAAUCUUCAUUGUUAUUUUGAUUACAGAUUUAUAAGGACUGAAGGAUUUGAUUUUGUUCCUUCAGUCGGUGGUAAUGGCUUUGGAAGAUAUGAAAUCGGUUUAUUAUGUUUGGGGAUGAUGCAGUUUCACUUUGGGCAUCCAAAGCUGGCAUUAGAGGUUUUGACAGAGGCAGUUCGUGUUUCUCAGCAGCAAAGUAAUGAUACCUGUCUUGCAUAUACUUUAGCAGCUAUUUCAAACUUGUUGUUUGAAAAUGGUAUCUCAAGUACAGCUGGGACACUAGGAUCAUCGUACUCACCUUUUACAAGUAUAGGUGUUUCACUCUCUGUUCAACAACAGUUGUUUGUUCUCUUGAGAGGUUCUUUAAAGAGGGCAGAAAGUUUAAAGUUAAAGCGGUUGGUGGCUUCUAAUCAUCUGGCAAUGGCCAAAUUUGAUCUAACGCAUGUUCAGCGGCCCUUGCUAUCAUUUGGUCCGAAAACUAACAUGAAGCUCAGUACUUGCCCAGUAAACGUUUGCAAGGAAAUUCGGUUGAGCUCUCAGCUGAUUAGUGAUUUUAGCGACGAGAGUUCUGCAAUGACAAUUGAUGGUGCCUUUAGUACAGCUUGGCUUAGGAAUUUACAAAAACCAACAGGUUCUCUUGUUUUGUGUCAAGAGAAUGGAUCUGGCAGCAGCUCUAAUGUUUCCCAAUUCAUUGCACAACCAACCUCAAUUCCUGGAUCUGUUUUGCAAGUAUUGGGUUCAUCUUAUAUACUUCGUGCAACUGCAUGGGAGUUAUAUGGCAGCUCACCACUGUCUCGAAUAAAUGUGCUGGUACAUGCAACUUGCUUUGCUGAUGCAUCAAGCUCAUCAGAUGCAGCAUUAGCAUAUGUAAAGCUCAUUCAACAUUUAGCAGUAUUUAAGGGAUACAAAGAGGCCUUUUCUGCCCUUAAAAUAGCAGAAGAGAAGUUUCUAUCUGUCUCAAAAUCACAAAUCUUACUGCUAAAAUUGCAGCUGCUUCAUGAGCAUGCUUUACAUCGCGGACAAAUAAAGCUAGCCCAAAAAUUGUGUGAUGAACUUGGUGUUUUGGCAUCGCGAGUAACCGGUGUAGAUAUGGAGCUAAAAACAGAAGCAAGCCUUCGCCAUGCUCGUACAUUGCUUGCAGCAAAUCAAUUCCGAGAGGCAGCUGUUGUGGCACACUCUCUCUUCUGCAUGUGCUACAAAUACAAUCUUCAAGUUGAGAAUGCUUCAGUUCUUCUUUUACUUGCUGAGAUUCACAAGAAAUCAGGCAAUGCAGUUCUCGGCCUUCCAUAUGCUUUAGCAAGCCUCUCAUUUUGCCUGUCAUUUAACUUGGAUCUUCUAAAAGCCUCGGCUACUCUUACUCUGGCUGAGCUGUGGCUCUCUCUUGGAUCAAGUCAUGCAACAAGGGCUCUAAACCUUAUCCAUGGAGCUUUCCCAAUGAUUAUUGGUCACGGUGGUUUGGAACUCCGCUCGCGUGCCUAUAUUGUUGAAGCAAAAUGCUAUCUAUGUGAUUCAAACUUCAAUGUCUUUGAAGAUUAUGAGAUCGUGAUAGAUUCACUGAGACAAGCAUCUGAAGAACUUCAACUUUUGGAGUUUCAUGAACUGGCAGCUGAAGCUUUCUAUCUUAAGGCCAUGGUAUAUGACAAACUGGGGCAAUUAGAUGAAAGGGAAGAAGCUGCAGCUUCAUUUCGGAAACAUAUUUUGGCUAUCGGCAAUCCUAAGGAUGAAGAUGAUCCUCUUGUUAGUGUGUUUUGA